GACCCACCUCCGCUCAGCCCCGCCCAGCGCAGACCAGCGAGCCCGGUGCGAUGGAGGGCCGAGUGCAGCUGAUUAAGGCCCUCCUGGCCCUACCCCUCAGGCACCGGAGGCGUCGGUGGAGGAACCCGAUUCCCUUCCCCGAGACGUUCGACGGCGACACCGACCGGCUCCCGGAGUUUAUCGUGCAGACGGGCGCCUACAUGUUGGUGGACGACACCCUGUUCUCCAGCGAUGCCCUGAAGGUGACGUUCCUCAUCACCCGCCUCACGGGGCCUGCCCUGCAGUGGGUGAUCCCCUACAUCAGGAAGGAGAGCCCCCUGCUCAAUGAUUACCGGGGCUUCCUGGCCGAGAUGAAGCGGGUCUUUGGAUGGGUGGAGGACGAGGACUUCUAGGCCAGGAGACCCUCGGGCCUGGGGACAGGUGCUCUCGGGGGAGGGUCCCCGCGCCGGUGGCUGCCGCCCAGACCGCCACAGGCGUCCUCCCACCGCGCCUCCCCGUGCCCGUGUUCCGUGGCGGUGAUCUCCCCCGCGCUCCUGUUCCCUCCCGCGUAGUGCUUGCCUUUGUUCCAGGAAUAGCGCCCCAGGUUCCUGCUCUGCUGCAGCUGGGCCUGGCUCCGGAGCGCGCCGCCGCCCUCUCCCGCCAGCCGGGCCCCUCCCGCGCGGACUUGGACUCUGUCCUGGGCUCCAGCUGCGAGCUGGGCUCCCGUUACACACUGGACAGACCCCCACAGACCAGCCGUUGCCAACCUCUCCCUGCCAGGCUAGCAGGCCUGCAUGGAUGUGCCCAGGGACCAGCGCUGUGGCUGCCAUCACCAUCCAGCACCUCCCACCUACAGGCUGCAGCCUCCAGCGAUCUCGUCUCACCCAGGAGCUGUCUCUCUGAUGUGUGCCUUUUGUUCAACACAGUGACCCUGCACUCUGCCCAGCUCUUCUACACUACCUAGACAAAAGUCUUUUCCUUAUUUUCAAUAAAUGUCAGAUGCUAUUAAAAAAGAAA